AUGUCAAAACCAACAGUAGCGGUCAUCGGAAGCGGUUGGGCCGGCUUCGUCUUGUCGCAGCAAUUGAACGUCGCAAAGUACAACGUCAAAGUCAUAUCGCCUGUCCGAACGAUCCAAUACACACCACUGCUUGCGAGUGCAGCCUGUGGUCUCUUCAACUUUCGACUUGCUGAAGAACCUGUCCGUCGACGCAGCAGACCAAAUGUUCAGUACUACAAGGCGACUGCCGAGAACAUCGACCUGGAAAAACGCAUCAUCAAGUGCAAGCCAUCAGUAUCAGAGUUCUGGAAAGACAAAGAGUAUGAUGUCUCAUAUGACAAGAUCGUGAUUGCACCUGGCUGUGGUAUUCAAACCUUCGGCACGCCUGGAGCUCUGGAACAUGCAUUGUUUCUGAGAACCACAAAUGAUGCUCGUCUGAUUCAGCAGAGGAUACUGGAGAUUCUCGAUGCAGCUUCCUUGCCUGGCGUCACCGAACAGCAGCAGAGAGACAUUCUUACCAUUCGUGUCGUUGGUGGAGGAGCCAUUGGUAUCGAAGCUACAGCAGAACUAUACGAUCUCUGGUAUCAGGACAUGAGGUUCUUGUACCCUCACCUCGAUGGCAAGCUUUCCAUCGUUAUCCAUGAUGUCGCACCUACGAUCUUGUCGACUUUUGAUGCGAAGCUUGGCGAUUAUGCGACCAAGUCUUUGCAUGAGAAGAAGGUCGAGCUCAAGACCAGUUCCCACAUUGAGAAGGUAGAGCAGGACGCCAUUUACACCAAGGAAGAUGGCAGAUUGCCGUACGGUAUGCUCAUCUGGGCUACUGGUAACAAGGCGAAUCCUCUUCUGGACACUUUGGAUGUCAAGAAGACAGAGAAAGGCAUGCCUCGCAUCUUGACAGACAAAUAUCUGCGUGUCUUGCGGCCUGAUGGUUNNUCUCCAAUUGACGGCACGUACGCAAUGGGUGACGCGGCCGACAUCGAGGGUUAUAGCCUUCCGACACUGGCUGAAGCGGCCUUGCAGAAAGGCGAGUAUCUCACACGCGAGCUCAACAACGAGGCUAUGGGCGCAGCAGCACAGGCUUUCGAGUACAAGCAGAAGGUUCACCUGGCCUACCUAGGCAAGCAUGACGGUGUGAUCGGCGGCAAACAGGACUGGACGGGUGAGGGCGCGUGGCUGGCGUGGCGAUCGGGCAGUCUGUCGUGGACGAGGAGCUGGAGAAGGAAGAUAAUGAUCUCGAUCAGCUGGAUGUUCGUUUGGCUUGGUGGCCGUGAUAUCGCUAGGAAGUGA